AUGGGCUGCUGCUACGAUCCUGACAGUAUUACUCCAUGCUACUAUGGAAACAAAGUGACUGCCCGCUGCACAUCAGACGGCCUCUUCUCCAUUGCCCUUCCAAACACCUUGACUGUGCCACCGCUGAACCUGACAUCUGUGCGACUGCUCCAAAAUGGCAGCCUAGAAUGUAAUCCAACAGCUAGCAAUGGCUAUUUCCUCCUCUACCAGUUCCCAAUUUCUGCUUGUGGAACCACCUACAAGCUGGUUGGGGACCAGGCGGUGUAUGAGAACCAGCUGGUGGCAUCCAAAACCUUGAGGACCUGGAACAGUAUAGCAAUUACCAGAGACUCCACCUUCAGAUUAUUGGUUCGCUGUAGUUUUGCAGUUAGCGGCUUACUCCCAUUGAAAGUGGAUGUAGUGACCCUACCACCCCCACCACCUGUAUCAAGUAUAGGACCUAUUAACUUUGAAUUGAGAAUCAGUUUAGAUUCCAGCUACAUCACUUAUUAUACAGGCUCUGAUUAUCCAGUGGUAAAAGUCCUGAGGGAUCCAGUGUAUGUGGAGGUCAGAAUCUUGCAGAGAAGGGACCCGAAUCUUGUCCUUGUCCUACACCAGUGCUGGUCCACGCCAUCUCCUGACCCUCUGAGCAGCAUCCAGUGGCCAAUACUUAUUGAUGGGUGUCCAUUCACUGGUGACAACUACAUGUCUGAUGUGAUUCCUGUAGCUCCAGGUUCUGCUUUACCUUUCCCUUCUUAUUACUCGCGGUUUGAUGUGAAGACUUUUACCUUUGUGGAUCAGAACACGGAGAUGCCUCUUGCAGGACAGGUAUACAUUCACUGCAGCGCUUCUGCCUGUGUCCCCUCUCCAAGUGACAACUGUGCUACCGUGUGUAACAGACGUAAAAGAUCUGUCUAUAUGUUAAGCAAGAAGAGUGAUGUGGUGCUGGUAUCAUCAGAUGUUCCCAUCUACUUUGACAACUCUCUGCCAGAGAUGCAGAAUGACAGGGAAGUCUGUGCAGCAAAGCUGAGUCUUCUGAUGGGAUAUCCUGAGUAG